CAUCUGGUCCGCAAAUCAAUCACAAGAACUAGUCACUUCUUAGCUCCCUCCCAGAAUAAAUACUCCCGACAUCUCCAUCUUCUCUUCGACUUCUACAUUUCCCCCAUACAACUCCCCCCCCUCAGCGUCACUUCACAACUCCUCUUGCUAUCUGACUUCUCUCCUAUGUUAUGAUUUCUGCCCUCCUUCUGUUUAAACCAUGACCGACCUCGCUUCUCGAGUCAAGCCGUUUGGCUUGACUCAGGUCUAUUGUUCCGAGAAGCCUCAAGUCGACGUCGUCCUGGUACAUGGUCUCAACGGCCAUCCAUACAACACCUGGGCCACCCAGUCGGGGGUGUACUGGCCUGCUCAUCUGCUACCUGAAUUUCUCGAAUCCAGCCCUCUGAGAAUCCUGACUUAUGGCUAUAAUGCCAACGUUCAUUCCUUUACCGACGGGGUCUCCAAGGAUCGCCUGCACAACCAUGCUGAAACUCUCACUUCUUCUCUGGCGGCCAACCGAAAUCUUCGAGGCUGUGCGGACCGUCCCAUCAUUUUCGUCUGCCAUUCGCUAGGCGGCUUGAUCGUCAAACGGGCCCUGAUCUAUUGCAACAGCGUCCAGAACGAGCGCAUCGAACACCUGCGUUCCAUCUUCGUGUCGACGUACGGUAUGCUCUUCCUCGGGACGCCGCACAACGGAUCCGACAUCGCCAAAUGGGGCGCCCUGUUGCAAAACAUCUGCACGGCCGUCAUGCCCAAGAAGUUCCUCGACUCCUCGCCCCAGCUCGUCAAGGCCCUCCGGUCCAACAACGAGACCCUCCAGAACAUCAACAGCCUCUUCGCCGACAUCAUGCCUCGCUUUCACAUCUACUUCUUCCACGAGACGCUCCCCACGGACCUGCGCGGGUCGCGCGAGAUGAUCGUCGAUGAGAGCUCGGCUGCACCGUACGUCGAGGGCGUGGAGCGCAUGGGCAUCGAGUCCGACCACCGUCAUAUGUGCAAAUUCGAGGACGACACCGCACCCGGGUUCGAGGCCGUGGCCGAAGCGUUGCUGCGCUAUUCCCGCGACGCCCCGCGGACCGUCACCGAUCGCUGGGUCGAGGAGAACCGGAUGCGUGCGCUAAAGAAGCACACCAAGGCACGGGAAAUCUUUGGUAAUGUGGAAGGGCAUUCAAUGGCGGAGAGCGAGCCGGAUCUCCGGUUACAUGGUAACCCCGCGCCGCUUCAAAAACAGCUCACCCACACGGACCAAGAUAGACGCCGCUCGCUGGCGGGAGGCGAAAGCCUCUCGUCGUCUCACACGUCGCAGCGAGAGCAGCAGCUCUUCGUAGCGCCCCCAGGUUUCCACCCGAAUGCAAACUUCGUCGGCUUUCAGAAAGAGCUCGAACUCUUGCACACUCGGGUGUUCAAAUCCAAGAAACGCUCUGAUCGCUUGGUGGCCGUAUUGAUCUGCGGGGGUCCCGGCUCAGGCAAGUCCCACCUCGCACGCCAGUAUGUCUUCAAGCAACACAAGAACUAUCCCGGCGGCAUCUUUUGGGUCGAUGCCAAGUCACACGAGUCGGCGUGCAAGUGUUUCUGGGACAUUGCGCAGGCAGCCACCCUCACCGACGGCCAAGAGUUCCAGAACCCUGACUCCAAGGCCCCGCAGAAGUAUGUCGAGACCGUCCGGAACUGGUUCCAGGCUCGCGAGGACUGGCUCCUUGUCUUCGAUGGGGUUAGCUUUCGAAACGAGGAUGAGCUCAACCAGUUCCGGCAGUUUCUGCCCUUCAAGAAAAACUGCAGCAUCAUCUACACGUCGGUAGACCGGACGCUUAGAAAGAAGCAGCGUCUGUAUGAGCCCUACUGUCUCCAGGUGCCGCCUCUUCAAGUGGAGGAUGCGUGCAAGCUCCUCUUCAAGGAUUUGCUCAUCAAGAAGCCAACUCCCGAACAGAUACGCCGGGCGACGGAUCUGGUCCGAUACUACGAGUGUCUGCCGUUGGCCAUCCACGCCAUCAGUCAUCGUCUGAGCGUGACGGAAAAACCGAUCGAAAAGUAUCACGUCGACUCCCGCCUGACGGACGAGAAACUCGCCGAACCAUUCCUGGUCCUCAUGCACGACCUAUACCAGAUGGGCCAUCUCGAAGCCUUGAACCUGAUCAAUAUCCUGUCCUUUUUUGACCACAAUGUUCCCGUUGGCCUCAUAAACCUGGGCAGGUCAUCUCUGGUGAAUUCCAAUGUGGAAAUCCUCUCCAAGACUCGACCAGGCGAGCCCGGGGAUAUUGACACAACGCUGGGCAUACUGAUCCGCUACGGUCUCGUCGAACGGACCAUCAAUGCGUAUGAACUGCAAGCCCAAGCGCUCUCGCCUCUGUCUGAAAGAAGUCAUAUUCUGGACGCCAAAGCAGUGAUUCCCGACCUGUCAGAGUCGCAGACCGAGAGUAGCCAAGAUGCCUUCUUUGCGCCGUACCAGUACUCCGGGUCCAUCGAUAUGAUCAAGAUCCACAGCGUGGUCCAGAGCUUUUGCCGCGACGAGCUCACUAUCAUGGACGAGGAGAGGAAUUCCAAGCCAUCUUUGACCGACUCGAGCAAGCCUCAGGCGGGAUAUUUCGAUUCCUGGCUGGUUGUUGCCACCGACCUCCUCUGCACAUCCUACGGGCACGCGAAAAGACGGAUGGAAGACAUCGAUGACCACGGCCUGGUCAAGGAUUACCGGGAAUAUGAGACUCACGCAUCCCGACUGGCGGAGUUCUUUCCGAAGAAGAUGUCUAAGAAGCCUUCCGUGGUGCACGAGGCGUUCGACGACCUGAAACAGGUUUUGAGAAGCAUAUCCAACGAGAUUGAGCGCAUCUCGCCUACGUCGUCGCAGGAGUCAAUCAGGAGGCAGAGGUCGGUGUUUGAUCGAUCGAGUAGUUCUUCGUCAUCGGUCCCUAAUUCGGCGACUGAAGACGGACCCUCGCGACACCUGACCUGGGAUUUUAGUGACAUGGAGCAGCCCAGGGUUGAUUCCCCGGAAGAGAUGCCGACUCAGCCUCGCUUCCAUCUCGAGCCUAUCGUGCCUCGUAUCUUUCGCGAGUCCAGCUUCGAUCCCGAGAACGGCUAUGAAACCGACGGGGAAGGGCCAAAGGGCAUGACCCGAAAUUCCCCGAUUCCCUCUCUAGUGAGCCACACGACGGCGACUGAGAGGCCACUGUCCUCCCAAGCCUCAAGCCCUCCGCGCUCAGAGGAACUUGGGUGGCACACUGUGCAACGAUCGGUGAAGCAUCGACAGGCCAAGGAACAGUGGCCGAAGAAACGACCCCAGCGGCCCAAGUUCCCCCGCAACAUCCGCGGCUCGAAACCGGCGGCCCCGAAAGUCGCGGCGUUGUCCGUUGAGGGUAGGAGUGCGUCCAGUAGUCCGUUAACGAAAAGCCGUAGCAGCUCUGGCGUGUCAGCGUCCGCAGCGCUGGCCGCUGUGCAUCAGGGCAGUCCACCGCCGACGCGCAGACUUUUGGGCGAUCAGCUCGUGUCGGACAAGGAAAAUCUCCCGACAUACGCGGCCAUUGCCGCCCAACGCACUCAGGGUAUGGGUGGUGUCUCAUCGGCAAAGCAACGGUCAUCAUCAAGCCCCGGUGGCAAGUAUCGACCCAAGUUCUUGGGCUUGAACAAUAAGUCCUCAGGGGACUCGCUGCAGAGCCGAUCUAGCAACGCACAUGCAUCGCCUCUGUCCGCCGAGUUCAGGCACGGCCCGAUGAGCCAGUCAACAUACAGCGAGAUAGACCAGACGUAUCUCACAAACCAGCUAAACGCGCUGGAUCUGCAGACCCAGGACGCCGAGUGGCAACGCCCCCGCCAUUUGUCUGCUUCCCGUCCCGUCGACAUGUCGGCCAGCACGCCGUCCGUUUUCACAUACAUGCCGCAACUUCCAGUUGAAAAUAACAUCGAGGUCACUAUGUCGCGUCGAAUGGGCGCUGUGCGGCCGCAACAGCCACAACCAGUCAGCCAAUCGACCACGAAGAGCGCAGUCACUCACCCGUCUGCAUUCAUGCCUGGCAUCUCGCCGCCGCCGUCCGUCCAGCUGGAUGGACCGGGCUACUUAUCCGAUCCCAUCCCGGAGCCCAUGACGCGCGAUCCAUCAGGGCAGUCCCAUCAAUCGUGGGCGACCGAACCCGUCCGCUACCCACCCAACUCUUCCUCGCUCAUGCCCCCCACCGCUCAAGCUGCCUUCCCUGCCGGGUUGACCCACGUCAUCCCACAGCAACACACCCUCUCCGGCACGGGCAGCUGGAUCAGCGACACGUCGCAGCAUCUGCCGCCGCCGCCUGGCACAACCGCCGUACCGAUGGCCAGCGCAGUCCAAUCAGAAAGCAUGUUUAUCGCCGCUCAGGGGCAGCCCAUCCAGCCUCUCGACGAGCACAUGCUCAGCGUGGAUGCCCAUCCAGGGUGGGCAGCAGCGGACCCAGCGUCGGCACAGCUACUCCACUUCGGCGGCCAUCGCGUCGACGUCCGCUCCGCACGCCAGCGACUGGGCGGUUACGGGCAGUACCAGGUCCAGAUCCCACCACAACACGUUCCCAUGUACCGGCUGCAGCAGGGGAACCACUCGGGCCCUGUUCUGCCGCAGGGUCUCGGGCUGUUGCAGCCACAGGAUCUGGUUCAUGGCAUGUCGCGUCCGCGGAGCGGGAGUUCGCCGCCGCGGCCGGGAUUCGAGUAUGAUGGAUUGGGAGUAAAUUUCGGGUGAUCUCCUUCUUUUUCUCCUUCCUUUCUUAUCUUCUUGUUUGUUCUUUUAUCCUUAUCUUCUUUCUUCUUUUCUGUUUUAAUCAGUCAUCUGUACUGAGCUGGUCUUUGGAAAGAUGACUGCUGGCUUACUUCUGUGUGCGUAUGCAUUUUCUUUUCAUUUGAUGGAUAUCCCU